CCGGCGUAGCCAUCUCGUACUAAUUUCGUAUUACUAUUUUAAUGAAAAAUUUUUUGUGCAUCUAAAAAGUAUCACAAUGCCAAUUUUUGGUAAAUUUAAGAAAAAGAAAACCGAAGAUGAAGGUUCUCGAUCUGGAUCUGAAUCGCUGUCUGACAACGCUAAAAGCAGUUCCGGUGAAAUACCAAAACGUCGUAUGUCGCGCUCGCUACGUAGCCACAUGGAGCGUGUUGAAAUGCUCGCUCGGCCCCAGUCGCGUCGGCUGCGCUCGCUCUGGGAUGAGAAGUGUGCCAUUCUGCCUGUGGACAGGAGGGACAAGAUAAAAAGUGCCCUAGAAGAGGAUUACUUUCUCAGUCCUGAGCAAACAGAGCAAUAUUUUCAAGCUCUGGGUCACCACAAGCGGUGGCCUGGUUUCGGUACGACGAUCAGCCGCAAGGAGCAAGCGGACUUAGAGAAGGAGCUUCGGCAACGAGAGAAGUGGCUUAUCAACUUUAGUGCACAGGUGGCGUAUCGGCUCUGCGACUACAUAGCUAAAGGGGAGAAAGAGAUGUUGGUGUCAAACAGAUUGAGGAGUAUUGCCGAUAUCGUUUUAGAAAGAGUUGCUGAUAUACUUGGUGAACCGAAGCCAUCUCGCUCUCACCCUGGCCGGUUGGCGCGCUUCAUGGUGGCGAUAUCAGACCGCAUCGCGGUAUGGAUAGAGAACGCGGUGUACCGAGCCAAUGCACUCGAGUGCCGCGAGUCGGAGGCCUUUGAUGACCACGUACGCCUCGACGUUGACCCCUCACUAGUGCGAUAGCUUACCAAGACAUUUUCAUGUGAGGUAAUCUUCGUUUUGUGCUUGGUGGCGCUGACUGCUGCCAACCCACAGCUUCUCACAUGGCCCGGCAUCGUGGCUCCUCUGGGUUCUAGAACCAUUGUUGCUGGUCCUACGGUUGUGAACGACGGGCUUUGGGGCGGUCGUGUUCUUUCGUCCGGAGUUAUCUCUGCUGGCUUGGUGUAAACACAGACGACAAGCAAAACGUUACAAGAAUAAUGAGCAAUAUAUUUCUACAUACAUAUGCAAUAUGAAAUAAACAAAAU